AACGCGCGCCCAAGACACGCGCGUAAAAACAUGAGUCGCCAUGGGCUAUGGGACAGUUGCGGCUUCAUUUUUGAACAAGAGGAUUUGCGAAGAAAAAUGGAAAAGACAAACGAUGAUUCAGAAGAAAAGAUCUAUAACUACAGGAGUCAACUGAGAAGUGAGUCUUGUUAUGAUGAUGGAGUCUGGGAGAAAAACUGGAAGAACAUUCUUCCCAAAGCACCUGAAAAACCAAGUGAAGAGACAGGGGUCUGGAGACUAAUUGACGGUGCUUCAGAUUGGAAGGACAUAUCAGAUGAUCUUGCCAACGUUCCCAGGCUGCGACCACGCCCAAGGCAUUGGCCAUUAGAUAAUGAUAAGCAAUGUACUUGUUUUGUGAGUAAAAACAAGGAGCCUAACAAAAAGCCAGUCACAUCUUGCAUGAGAAUCCUUAACAAAACUAUGUGYGACAAAGAAGUACAGACAGACCCUACAGAUGAUGGGAAAUUUGAAGAAAACCAAUGUAUUCUUCCAAUUGAAAACUAUGUAUGUGUUAUGUAAGCCAUAAGAGAUUUCCUAAAGAAUAGAAACAUUGAUCACAGAUGAUGGUUCUGAAUUAAAAAUUAACAUAAAGAUGAUUAUUUCAAUACAAAAUCAGCACAAAAUGCAAAAAUAAACAUUGUACGACAGAGAAAACAUUACACUAACUUAACCACUUUAUAUUGAAUUAAAUUC